AUGCCGAAGUCCCUCUACUGUCGCAGCACGAGUGGCCAGUAUCCGAAGCACACUGACAGCACAAAAACAAAACUUCACAUACACGUACUCACUCACAACGUGCCUGAGAUAACAAUAAGCAGUCUGAUACUCACUCAGGAACUUGAAAUUAACACCCGACCGCACACGUGCAUCCUGACUCCAGUCUUCCUCUGCUCCUGCACAGUCAAUGCUAGUCAGCUAACAAUUUAG